AAACCACCAAAUAAGCUUUACAGUUUACACGUUGUCAACGAACUCAACAAUUAUUAACUAUCACGGCUCGGCCUUAUACCGACCCGGCCGUUAUCCAUAAGGUCUACCGGGCAAAUGGGACGGUCAUCUUGGCGUAAUGCGGGGAAGGUUAUCUGGUAUGAAGCCACCCUACCCUGCCAAGCAAGCUGGGAGAGCCGCAAUUGAUGAUUAGAGAUGGGAAUUUGUUGGGGGGAAGCAUCUCGCUGUAUUUUUCUUGAUACUGCCAGUCUCCAAUAGUGCAAGAUGGUUUCACUGGACUCGCCCUCGCCUCGCCUUAAGGUAUAUCGCCUAUCUCCUUGGUCAAUGGUACUUCCUUUGAUCCGACAUCUCAUUUCAAGUAUCAAAGUCAAACUCCCUCGCCAGGACUUCUUUCAUCAAGCUUGACCUUGGAAACCUCUGUUGGACAGUUUCAUUGCAGAAGAGAUCGUCAUCCUGGCAGAGUUAUUUGUACACCGUCAAAGACGGCCCGAAGCUUGUCGGUAGUGAGGUCCGAUGCCGUUGAACCUAAGACAAGCCAUUCAGUUUAUCAUAUACACUCGGCUCCCUAGCUUAUCAGUUCCUACUCCGACAUGCCCCUUUAAUCAUCGUUGUUGCUAUUUGUUGCCGAGAUACCCCUCCCUGCCAAAGCCAUUGGCAUCGACAAAAGCACAGAGUUACUCAUCCAUGCCCAGUACUGCAUUGAAUGAGGAGCCCAAGAUACAAAGUAAGAACGAAAUACCAGCUAUGCCCCACAACCAGCAAGAUCAACAUAUACAAGACGAGGUGCUUCGUCACAGUCUUGAAAACCCCGAAGACUUCUGGAGACACCAAGCCGACCAUCUCCACUGGCAUAAGCCAUAUUCGUCAACCAUCCAGCUCACUCAGAAAACUCUCAAGAACGGUGUUACACAUGAUAGCUGGGAGUGGUUCCCAGGCGGCGAAAUAUCUACUUGUUGCAAUUGCGUCGAUCGACAUGUACAUGAUGGGCAUGGCGAUUCCGUCGCCAUCUACUUUGACAGUCCAGUGACAAAGACAAAGGAAAAAUAUACAUACAGUCAGCUUCUUGGUGAGGUUGAGACUCUUGCUGGUGCUCUAAGAGAGCAAGGGAUACAGAAGGGGAAUGUAGUCCUGCUGUAUAUGCCUACGAUUCCCGCUGCCGUGAUAGGUAUUCUUGCUGCUAAUCGACUGGGCGCUAUCCAUUCUAUUGUGUUUGGUGGUUUUGCCCCUCACGCUCUGGCGCAACGUAUCGAUUCAUGCCGUCCUACGGCUAUUCUGACGGCGUCUUCUGGUAUCGAUGGCAACAAACCUCCAAUUGCAUACAAAGGCUUGGUAGAGGAAGCGAUUCGGUUGGCUGGCCAUAAGCCCCAUAAUGUUAUUGUCUGGCAAAGAGAUCAGCUCCGUUGGAAUCUCAACCACGAAACUGGGCAGCUCGACUGGAACACGCUAGUCGACAGUGCCCGAUCUCGAGGAAUUAAGGCGGAUUGUGUGCCAGUCAAGAGCACCGACCCUAUUUAUAUCAUUCACACUUCAGGCACCACUGGAACCCCAAAGGGUGUACUCCGCGAUGCUGGUGGUCACGCUGUUGGUCUGCACCUGUCCAUAAGUUAUCUGUUUAACAUUCACGGCCCUGGGUGUGUUUCCUUUACGGCAUCGGAUAUCGGCUGGGUCGUCGGUCACUCAUACAUCAUCUACGGUCCGCUCCUCACAGGAGCUGCAACUGUCUUGUACGAGGGCAAACCCGUCGGUACCCCUGACGCAUCGGCGUUCUGGAGAAUAGUUGAAGAGUAUAAAGUCAACACCAUGUUCACAGCGCCAACAGCUCUACGUGCAAUCAGGCGCGAUGACCCCAACAACCAAUCCUUCAUCGAUUACGGCAAAAGGGGUGCUCUCAAAACUUUGCGAGCUCUCUUCCUCGCUGGAGAACGCUCCGAGCCUACGCUUAUCGACACUUAUCAGCAGCUCAUGGGUCAAUAUUGCGCCGAAGGCGCAGCCGUAGUUGAUAAUUGGUGGUCUACAGAAGUUGGUUCCCCCAUCACGGGGCGAGCGCUCGUUCCGCACGCUGGCAAGCAUCGCAAGACAGAAGUUCGUGGACAUCCACCUCCUUGCCUGAAGGCUGGUAGUGCUGGGAAAGCAAUGCCAGGCUUUGACGUUCGUAUCGUGGAUGAUGAGGGCAGUGAAGUCAAGAGGGGAUCCAUGGGAAAUAUUGUUUUGGCAAUGCCUCUCGCCCCGACAGGAUUUCGCACUCUGUGGAAGGAUGAAGAACGCUUUUGGAAAGGCUACUUGAAAAGAUUCGAGGGAAAGUGGCUUGAUACCGGUGAUUCGGGCUGGAUCGACCAGCAAGGUUAUAUCCAUGUGAUGGCACGCAGCGACGAUGUUUUAAAUGUCAGCGCGCAUCGUCUAUCAAGCGGAUCUAUUGAGCAGGCCAUUGCAGCCCAUCCUCGUGUCGUUGAAGUUUGUAUCGUAGGCGUACCGGAUUCACUAAAGGGUCAGCUUCCUUUCGCCUUCGUAGCACUUUCGGGACAAGGCUGUGCAGAUCCAGCAGUGCCGAGUGAAUCGGUCGUCAAGGAAAUACAGCAGUUAGUCCGUGGCCAGGUGGGUGCUAUAGCCUCACUAGGCGGCAUCAUCCAGGGCAAGGGAAUGAUCCCUAAGACAAGGUCUGGCAAAAUGCUACGACGGGUCCUCAAGGAGAUGGUGGAGAACGCCAUUCGUGGUGACUUUGACAAGGAAGUUGCGGUUCCUAGCACGAUUGAAGAUGUGUCGACAUUGACUGUUGCCCGUGCCAGGAUCAGGGAGUACUUUGAACGAGCAGAGACCGAGACGGAUGGCAUGGUGAAGGCUCGCCUAUAGAGCAGGUUUGAUAUGAGCGACCUUUCUGAAAAUACCGGAUCUUUUCUGGUAACUUCGAGUGGCCUGAUAUUGUUGGAAGAUACAGUGACUUAGUUUCUUCAUCCAGAGUCCAUUUCACUUGGUAGAUGAGCCACUCGCGAUGUUCUGACGCUCAUUCUCCUUAUUUAACGUUUGAUGGCUUCUGAAGGAAAGCUAGUUCGAGACGAGCCUCCGUUGCCUGCGAGGGCGUGACAGACUCCAGCAUUCUAUAUCGCAGCCGCAUUCGUAACCACAGAUAUCCUAUCCCACGCUACCGAACGUUUACUCGAAGCAAAAGACCCUCCAAUGUUUGACCAUUCGUAACCGGAGAUAUAGGCGUAAGAUUGUGACCGAAACUUCUUAUGGCCCCUAUCCUAGACUCCGGUGAACAAAAACAUAGCGUAUAGGUGAGUACAGCUCAGUCCUUGGAUGACUGGCCACUCAACUGCCUCGAAAAGAGGCUAUAUACGCUGCCCUGUGCCCUGGGUGCCAUCUUGGUACUGGAGAAGCGUGCUUCGGGUAGCCUUUUCCCAGCCUGCAGGCUUUCGAGGAUCCUAUUGAUAGCAUUAGUCAUGGCUCGAGUACAGAUGAGAGAUACAGGUACCAUUCAGCACCAACAAACUUAACUCCACA